UUGGCCACCGUAGGGCGGUGAUGGGGGAAGCGGACCAAGUUCAGCGAAGUAAGUUCAGGCGCCGGCCGGUAGCGAAGGUCCCUGGAAGUAGUCAGGUCACUAGAAGAUGUGGAAUAUAGUUUUCUGUGCUGUACAGUAGAAACCUGUCAUUUAUCCCACACAUAAUCGUUAGCAUCUGCAGAUCUCCAACUCCCCCAUUUUGGAGGUCUCCCGGUUUGCAGCCAUUUCCCAAAGUUGGAAGAAAAUGAUCCAAGCCCAGGAAUCCCUGACAUAUGACGAUGUGGCUAUGAAGUUCACAUGGGAGGAGUGGCAGCUCCUGGCCCCAGAUCAGAAGGCCCUGUACCGGGAUGUGAUGCUGGAGAACUACAGCCACCUGGUGUCCGUGGGGUAUCAAGCCAGCAAACCAGACACGCUUUCCAGGUUGGAACGAGGGGAAGAAUUGUGGACCAUAGAAGCUGAAAUCCACGGUCGAGUCCAUGCAGAAAUCAGGAACAUGGAUGACUCUCCACAGCCUCACUUGCAAAAUCAAAGCACUCAAAAGAGUGGGGAACUCGGCUGUGAACUUAAGACGCCUGCAGAUGUUGUUGAUCAGAGCAAAAGUCAUUUACUGCUAAAGCAAAAUCAUGAUGUGUUUGACCUAAGGGAAACACUUUUAAAAUCAAAUUCAAAUUUUGAAAACCAGAACAGAAGCUGUCAAUUAAAGAACUCUGCUGAGUUUAAUAGAGACAGGAAAUCCCUUCUCCAUGCUAACCAUGAACAGUCUUGUCCUGAAACUAAAUUUUCCAUAAGUGCCAAACCCACUGACAAUACAUCCCAGGCCACUAAGCAACAGAGAAUUCACAACACAGAGAAGGCUCACAUGUGCAGUGAAUGUGGGCGGGCCUCACUCAAGACGUCUCAGCUCUUUGAUCAUCAGAGACUACAUCCUGGAGAGAAACCUCACGGAUGCAGCCUGUGUGGGAUAGCCUUCUCCAGGGAGUCCAGGCUCCCUGAACAGCAGAGAACGCAUGCAGGACCGAAGCAUUAUGAGUGCACUGAGUGUGAGAAGACCUUCUUCACGAAAUCACAGUUCAGCGUACAUCAGAAAACUCACGUGGGAGAGAAACCUUACACCUGUAGUGACUGUGGGAAAGCCUUCAUCAAGAAGUGCCGGCUCAUUUAUCACCAGCGAACUCACACAGGAGAGAAGCCCCACGGGUGCAAUCUGUGCGGGAAAGCCUUCUCCACAAAGUUCAGUCUCACCACACAUCUGAAAACGCACACGGGAGAGAAGCCUUACAUAUGCAGCGAGUGUGGAAAGGGCUUCAUUGAGAAGCGGCGUCUUACGGCACAUCAUCGAACGCACACAGGUGAGAAACCCUUUAAAUGCAGUGAAUGUGGGAAAAGUUUCACCUUGAAGAACAGUCUUCUCACCCAUCAGCACACCCACAGAGAAGAGAAGCUGUAUACGUGCAGUGAAUGUGGGAAAGGCUUUUCCAUGAAGCACUGUCUUGUCAUCCAUCAGCGAACUCACAGUGGAGAGAAACCCUAUACAUGCAGCGAGUGUGGAAAAGGCUUCCCCUUGAAGAGCCCUCUCAUCAGGCACCAGCGGACCCACACAGGAGAGAAGCCAUAUGUGUGUAGUGAAUGCGGAAAAGGCUUCACCAUGAAGAGCGACCUCAUCGUACAUCAGCGGACGCACACGGCCGAGAAGCCCUACGCGUGCGGUGACUGUGGGAAAGGCUUCACCGUGAAGAGCCGCCUGAUUGUGCACCAGCGAACCCACACGGGCGAGAAACCCUACGUGUGCAGCGAAUGCGGAAAAGGCUUCCCGGCAAAGAUCCGGCUGAUCGGACACCAGCGAACUCACACAGGAGAGAAACCCUAUAUAUGCAGUGAGUGUGGGAAAGGCUUCACGGAGAAGAGCCAUCUCAACGUACAUCGGCGCACUCACACUGGAGAGAGACCCUACGUGUGCAAUGAAUGUGGCAAAGGCUUAACUGGGAAAAGCAUGCUGAUUGCACAUCUGCGAACUCAUACAGGAGAGAAACCAUAUAUAUGUAACGAAUGUGGGAAGGGCUUCACCAUGAAGAGCACCCUAGGUAUCCAUCAGCAAACUCACACUGGAGAGGAGCCAUACAAGUGCGACGCAUGCGGUAAAGCCUUUAGGAAGAAGACAUGCCUCAUACAGCAUCAGAGGAUUCACACAGGAGAGAAGCCAUAUGAGUGCAGUGCGUGUGGGAAAGCCUUCACUACAAAGUCGGGGCUCAACGUUCAUCAUAGGAAACACACAGGAGAGAGGCCCUACGGAUGCAGCGAAUGUGGGAAAGCUUUUGCCCACCUGUCAUCCUGGCUCACUGAUCAUCAGAUAAUUCAUACUGGAGAGAAGCCCCAUCGAUGUAACCUGUGUGGGAAAGCCUUCUCCAGAAAGUUCAUGCUCACCGAACAUCAAAGAACCCACACAGGAGAAAAACCUUAUGAAUGCACGGAGUGUGGCAAAGCCUUUCUCAAGAAAUCAAGGCUCAAUAUCCAUCAGAAAACCCACACGGGAGAGAAACCAUAUGUAUGCAGUGACUGUGGGAAAGGCUUCAUCCAGAAGGGCAAUCUCAUUGUACAUCAGCGGAUUCACACAGGUGAGAAACCUUACAUAUGCACUGAAUGUGGAAAAGGCUUCAUCCAGAAGACAUGCCUCAUAGCCCAUCAGAGAUUUCACACAGGAAAGACUCCUUUUGUUUGUAGUCAAUGUGGAAAAUCCUGUUCCCAGAAGUCAGGUCUCAUUAAACAUCAAAGAAUUCACACAGGAGAGAAACCCUUUGAAUGCAGCGACUGUGGGAAAGCCUUCACAACAAAGCAAAAGCUCAUUGUCCAUCAAAGAACUCACACGGGAGAGAGACCCUAUAUCUGCAGUGAGUGUGGGAAAGCUUUUGCCUACAUGUCUUGCCUGGUUAAACAUAAGAGAAUACACACAAGAGAGAAACGUGGAGAUACAGUCAAGGUGGAAAGUCCUUCCACAGAGAGUCCCAGCUCCUCACAGACUAGUGAGCCCGUGCAGGAGAAAAACGUUAAUACGGUGACAGUGCAGGUGCCUUCUGCGGCCCCUCAGACACCCGUAAACCUCAGCGAGCUCCUGGCAAACAGGAACAUGGUCAUAGUUGGACAGCCUGUGGCCAGAUGUGCACCCGCAGGAGAUAACAGAGGGUUUGCCCCGGACAGAAGCCUUAUGAAUGCAGUGAAUGUGGUCGUGCCUUCAGUCGUCAAUUAUGUCUUAUUUUAUGUCACAGAAAACCAGUCCGUGGCCAGUAGGUCAGAAGCACAAGUGACAAGCUGGACUUAUGUUCGCACAGGAAGUAGGAGGUGGGGACCAGUCUUGGAGGAUGGAGCGGUUAACUUGCGGGAUCUGGUUUUAUCUCCAGGUCCUGCCUCCCCAGGAGCAAAAGCAUCAGUUGAAGAGGAAGACUGUAUAGCAUUUCUGGGGACAUGCUCAAUUAAAGACAGAUUUCAGAACAGAAAUUCAGAGCAGAUCCAGGAGACACAAGGACAGAGUCCCCCUGUCGCCAGCCAUUUCGGAGAACUGAAGGAAAUGAUCCAGGCCCAGGAAUCCCUGACAUUUGACGAUGUGGCCGUGGACUUCACGUGGGAGGAGUGGCAGCUCCUGUCCCCGGACCAGAAGGCCCUAUACCGGGACGUGAUGCUGGAGAACUACAGCCACCUGGUGUCCGUGGGGUAUGAAGCCAGCACGCCAGACGUACUCUCCAGGUUGGGUCAAGGAGAAGCCUGGACAAUAGAAGAUGAAGUCCCCUGUGGAACCCGUUCAGGAACCUGGAAAGUUGACAAUCACCUGUGGGAGCACUUGCAAAAUGAGAGCACGGAGAAGAGACCAGAACAGUGGCACGAACACCGUCCACUGGAAAAUUCUGUUCUUCAGAGCGGAACUCAUUUUCUGUUCAGGCAAAAUCAAAUGUUUGAUUUACACAGAAAAAGUCUGAAAUCACAUUUAACUUUUCUUCACCAGAGCAGGAGCUACAAGAUAAAGAACCCAGAUGAGGUUACUGGAGAUGGGAAAUCCUGUCUCCAUGCCAACAGUGAACAGUUUCAUACUGAAAUUCAGUUCCCCGAAAGCCAGAAAUUUAUCAGCGCUAAGCCCCAGUGCAUCAGGCAUCAGGAAACUCAAAAAAUCAAGAAGCCUCACGUGUGUGGUGAAUGUGGGAAAGCUUUCAUCAAGAAGUCCUGGCUCACUGAUCACCAGAAUCUCCAUACGGGAGAGAAGCCCCAUCGAUGUAACCUGUGUGGGAAAGCCUUCUUCAGAAAGUUCAAGCUCACCGAACAUCAAAGAACCCACACAGGAGAAAAGCCUUAUGAAUGCACGGAGUGUGGCAAAGCCUUUCUCAAGAAAUCAGGGCUCAAUGUACAUCAGAAAACCCACACGGGAGAGAAACCAUUUAUAUGCAGUGAGUGUGGAAAGGGCUUCAUCCAGAAGGGCAAUCUCAUGGUACACCUGCGGAUUCACACGGGCGAGAAACCUUACACAUGCACUGAAUGUGGAAAAGGCUUCAGCCAGAAGACAUGCCUCACAGCCCAUCAGAGAUUUCACACGGGAACAACCCCCUUCGUGUGCGGUGAAUGCGGGAAGACGCUCUCUCAGAAGACAGGUCUCAUUAAGCAUCAGCGGACUCACACAGGAGAGAAACCCUUUGAAUGCAGCGACUGCGGGAAAGCCUUUAUCGAGAAGCCCCAGCUCGUUAUACAUCAGAGAAUUCACACGGGGGAGAAACCCUAUAGCUGCAGUGAGUGUGGGAAAUCGUUCAGAGGGAAGUCAGUCCUCAACAAACAUCAGAAAACGCACACAGUCAAGGUGGGACACCCUCCCUCGGAGAGUCACAGGUCAUCCCAGAGCAGUGUGGUGCUCCAAGAGAAAAACCUUAAUACGGUGACAGUGCAGGUGCCUUCUGUGGCCGCUCAGACACCCGUAAACCUCAGCGAGCUCCUGGCGAACAGGAAUGUAGUCAUAGUGGGACAGCCUGUGGCCAGAUGUGCACCCACAGGAGAUAACAGAGGGUUUGCCCCGGAGAGAAGCCUUAUGAAUGCAGUGAAUGUGGUGGUGCCUUCAGUCGUCAAUUAUAUUUUAUUUUAUGUCACCGAAAACCAGUAGGAAAAAAGUCAGACAGUCUAGAGGAAAAGCGUUGAGUGAAAAUUUCUAGCUCUUAUCGUGGCUGAGGAGUGUGUACUGAGAGAGGCUGUGUAAAUGCUGGGACUGGGAACGUGUGACACAUGCAUCCUUUUAAAUGUGUGCAUUGAUACAGAGGCGUAAUCUGAUGUUAACCCCAACACACACAACAUCAAUUGCUCUGUUGUGUCAAAUAAAUGAAGCCUGCGUUCAACUAA